AAGUAAUAUACAGAGCUACGGAGCAGGCAUUUACUACAAUACUUUAGUGCCAUGUAAUGGUAGGGUAAGUAAAAGUUGGAGUAAAUUAAGCUAGAUGUGUGUGUUUGGGUUAGUGAGCUGAUUAGGUCAAAGUCACCAUUUGUGCAGGAAGCACAUAUUGCUCCUUGUAGCAAUAACUAACCUAACUGGUGGYAAAUCAAUAGUUUAACUGGUGGUAUAUUAAGUAUUUGUAUCUCAAACUUCUACGGGUAGCUCCCUAACUAUUAGGCAAAAGAGAGGCAGCAAUAGCUUUUAAAAAUGAUGAUGUUUAGAACUUACAACCAAAGUACCUCAGAAACUGCAUUUAUUUUGCUUAUUGCUUGCUGUCUACUGAUUUUGAUCAUUCUGAAGUGUUUAACUGUUUACAUCUAUGGAGAAAUAAAGAUUUGCAUUCAGUAGUUGAUUACAUUGUAAUGGGAAGUGCAUUCUAACUGUUCUUGAGAUGAAAUACAAAGAUUUAACAUAGCAAAUAAUAAUUGGCAUGUGUUGUGUAAUGGCUCACAAUUGUGGGCCUCUGAAGUUUUGGGUAUAAAUAAUCUAGGCAAGUCAUACUUAUCUAGUAAGUUCUUUGUCCAUAUCUGCGGUGUUUUGUAGGAGGAAUGAGUCAGGARAGAGAAUGCUGUAUUUGUGUGUGUUGAUGCUGAUUUGAGCAAUUUUGGUGUGUUAUAAAAUCUGUUCAUAAGAAAAAUAGAAAAUGAAAUAAAUCACAGUCAGAGGAAAAAUGCCAUUUGAUUAAUAUAUGCCUAACUAAAGUUUCUCAGGGCACAUGAUUUCAAUAACAUUGGAUAUGUAUCAGAAUUUUUGAUAUGAGAUUGGAGAGAUAGAUGCAGGAGCCAAUUGUGUGCUUGCUGUUUUGUUUAAAAGGCAACUGAAUGAGAUGAUAAAAUACGGUGUAAUUAGCACUGAUGUCUUGAUUGAUGACUUAUUUCACUGGAAAACCCUAUAUGUUGCUGGACGUCUACAAAAACCAGUGAAAAUACUGACACAAAAUGAGAAUGGCAAGCUGCAAGCUGCUCUUAUUAGCAAUCUGAAGAGUGCAGUCACAGCAGCCUUUCUCAUGUUGCCAGAAAGUUUCUCUGAAGAAGACCUUUAUAUGCAGAUUGCAGGACUCUCCUAUUCUGGUGAUUUCAGAAUGAUAAUAGGAGAAGACAAAUCAAAAGUACAGAACAUAGUGAAGCCUAGUGUUCCUCAUUUUCAGAAGCUAUACAGUAACAUAUUACAGGACUGCCCUCAAGUGGUAUAUAAGCAUCGUCUGGGAAGACUAGAGAUUGAUAAAAGUCCAGAAGGUCAGUUCACRCAGCUAAUGGCUUUGCCAAGAACUCUACAGCAGAAGAUAACUUCUCUGGUAGAUCCUCCUGGAAAAAACAGAGAUGUAGAAGAAAUUUUAAUGCAAGUUGCUCAUGACCCUGACUGUGGAUUUGUGGUACAUCAAGGCAUUUCGGGAAUUGUGAGAUCUUCCAGUGUAGCACAGAGUGCUAAAACCAUACUGACAGCUGGGGCGAAGAAGUCUGUAGUUUACAGUAUGAAGAAAUUAUAUAAAAUGUCAAAGGGAUGGUUGAAGAAGACAUCCUGAGACUUAGCAUGCUAUAUAUGGGAAAGACUUCAAGAUGAGCAAAUUGUUCUCGAACCUGUAAAAUUCAGAGAGCUGAAGUUCUGAGAAUUUCUGUUUUCGGAAGGAGUAUUGGAAGUAAAGAGCUCAUCAGGUGUUCACUGGAAAAUUUGUAAGAGUAGAGAGCACUGAUCCAAAUGUUAGAAAAAAACCCAAGCAGAUACAAGCCUUUUGGACUAAUGAACAGCAUGAGAAAAAAAUCAGGGUGGAAGCAUGAUCUUCUGAAUGAAAUAGAUAGCAGGUAAGAAGUGCGGUGCUGUCAGAACUGCCUUUUCUGGUUAUCUAGGGGCAUGAGUUUUAUUUUCUUUUGAAGUAUGAUUGAAGUAUGCUGCAGGGAAAGUUUUGCAUGGGUGGCAGUAUGACUAAAGACUUUUUUUAACAGUACGAAUCUGAUGCUAGUGAAGUUCUAGUAGGUGCCACAGUAUUAUCGGGGAAAGAAAAAGAUGCAAGAUCAUCCCUGGAAAGCUUUAGGAUAUGAAAAAAAAAGGCCUGAAAUUAACAGUAUUUAAGGCAUUAAUUAACUCCGUUUGGAAGCAGGACAACUUGAUAAAUAACCAUCUGUAUGAAUUACGAGCAGAUUUUUAAAAGAGAUUAAAAAUGUUAUGAUAGAAUUUGUAUAUUCUGGGAUUUCUUUUGUUAGCKGCACUUGU